AUGGUCUCUUUUGAUGUCGUUUCCCUGUUCACGUCAAUACCGUUGGAUGUCGCAAAAAAAUGCACCGAGGACCUCCUACUGUGCUACGACACUGAUGUGCCCGCCGCCGCGGUGCUCGAACUGAUUGGUUUAUGUUUGGAAACUAACUUUUCAUUCGACCAGCAAUGCUACAAGCAACUGAAGGGAGCCCCUAUGGGGUCACCCAUUUCUGGUUUCCUCGCUGAAAUAACAAUGCAGAAACUAGAGGCGACGGCACUCCCGUUAUGUACUCCUAAAUUGUGGCUGCGAUAUGUGGAUGACACAUUUGUUAUCGUAAAAAAGAACCAACUAGAAAUGCUCCACAAUACCAUCAACGCAACAAUUUCGGGGAUUCAAUUCACAAUUGAAAAGGAAGUGGACAACAAACUCCCAUUUCUGGAUGUUCUCGUGCAGCGUAAGGCCGACGGUGCGUUACGCACAUCCGUUUACCGAAAAGAAACUUACGCUGAAGUCAUUCUACCUUUUAAGAGCAACCAGCCCAUUUCUCACAAACGGAGUGCCGUAAACAGUCUGCUUAGUCGAGCAAAAACACAUUGUUCGGAUGAAGAAGGCUAUCGAGCCGAACUGAACUACUUGAAAGAAUUAUUUUCGCAAAAUGGAUACCCUAAGGAUUUUGUACGCAGAUGCAUGAGGCAGCGAGAAUCAAGGGAGAAGGAGCCGGGUAGUUCUAAUCAGACGCCUGAACUAAGCACAUGGCGAACUCUUCCUUACAUCAAGAAUGUGUCUGAACUUGUCGAAAGACACUUAAGGAAGCACCAAAUUCGAGUAGCACACAAACCUACAACUACUUUGCGCUCUCAGCUGGUACAUCCUAAGGAUAGGGUUAACCAGCUGAACAAGAAAGAGGUCGUCUACAAGAUACCGUGUGAUGCAUGUACUGCCGUCUAUUGUGGCCAGACUGGAAAAUCCGCCUCAACACGCAUCCAUGAGCACCAGUUGGCAGUAAAGAGGCGAGACCAUCUGUCUCAGGUAGCCAUGCAUACGCUGGACACCGGGCACACUUUCGCUUGGGACAAAGCUCGCGUUGUCGCGGUCUGCCCUUUCAAGAAAGGCCGAGAAUUCCUCGAGGCGAUGCACUCUGAUGACUCAUGCAUCAACCGGCAUAUUGAGUUGGAUGCCGUGUACAGAAACCUGAAGGAGAAAUGGAAGAGAAGGGAGCCAACCAGCUCAGGCUGA